CAUUCGACUUGACUCGGAACAACAUUAAAGACUUGCGUGCAUACGGAAUUGAGACAUCUGAUUUUAUAUAAUUAGAUUUACACUUAUAUACCAUAUAGAUUUACAUCUUUAUUGAACUUUUGUAAAACAUAAUACGCGUAGUAUGAGACAACGUAAACAUUUAAAUAAACACAAAACUCGUCGUCAAAAGCAGCAAAAAUUACCAGAAAUUGAUGAGAAUUGUUGUAAACGCCCUCGUUGUAAUUAUGAACAUAUCUGGCAACAUUUUCGACGCAAUGCCACACUCGAGGAAAUUCGCCAAGCGGCUUCUCGAAUUUGCCGCGACUAUCUAACCGGGCGCUGGAAGGUGGUUACCCCAGAACAGCUUGUGGUGAAGCGCAUCAGUGGCGGCCUCUCGAAUUUCUUGUAUUACGUAAGUCUGCCCGACUUGGAUGAUUUCGAUGAGCAGCAAUUGUUGGAGGUGGAACAGCAGCAAGGAAAUGCCAACGUCGUCAGCAUUGGCAAGCACGUCAUAGCCGCCUCGGUAUUUGCCAAGAAUAGCAACAGCAACAACAACAACAACAAUAAUAACAAUAACAGCUACACGGCAGCUGCUGUCGCCCCGGAGGCGGCCAAAAAUUUGGCACAAACUGUGGUUGUGGGCGUUGAUGAAGCCACCAGCCCCACCCCUGUACCUGUGUCUGUCGCCGACGAUGAUGACGACGCAGCGCUGAGCGCCAAGCAGGCAAACAAACGGCGACGCUUCGAUAGCGACAGCGGCGACUCGAGUUUGCUGAGGCGGCUGCACACCCCCAAGCAGGAACCACGUGAGGUUCUACUGCGCAUCUAUGGCCAAACCCACGGCGAUCAUGCAUUGGAGAGCAUGAUCACCGAGUCCGUGGUGUUUGCCUUGCUAAGUGAGCGCAAUUUUGGACCCAAGCUACAUGGCAUCUUUCCCGGUGGACGCAUCGAGCAGUAUAUACCGGCACGACCGUUGGCGACCACAGAGCUGGGGGAUGCUCGCAUUUCGAUGAAGAUUGCUGAGAAAAUGGGCGAAAUACACAGCCUGAAUAUACCAAUGUCCAAGGAACCGGAUUGGAUCUGGAACUGUAUGGAUCGUUGGCUGGCCAGCUUGGAGAGCAUUGUGAAGGGCAAGAUUGAAUCGAAGCCCAAUUCGACAGUGCUGCAAAAGCAACGGAAUUUAAUGCGCUCCAUUAACUACGUGCAGGAGAUAACCUGGCUGAGAUCGGUGAUAGAUGCCGGCGCCUAUCCCGUUGUCUUUUGUCACAACGAUCUGCAAGAGGGCAACAUAUUGUUAAGGCAAUCGAGCAGUGGGCAAGAGCGUACACCAAGGGAAUCCAUAAGUAUCUUGCGAUCCAACUUUGAUGAGACCCUGGGCGACAGCCUGGAUGGCAACAGCAAUUUGGAUACGGAUGACAACAAAUCGCCAAGCGCCUCACCAUGCGCCGAAUUGGACACCACAGAUGAUUCUGCACUGGACUCCAGUUUUAUGUCCGAUCAUGAGCCGGAUCUCAUUAUCAUUGAUUUUGAAUAUUGCGCCUACAACUAUCGGGGCUUCGAUUUGGCCAAUCACUUCAUCGAAUGGACAUUCGACUAUACCAAUCCGCAGUUCCCCUACUUUCACCAUUAUAAAGAGCAAUAUUCCACGGUUCAGCAGCGGCGCGACUUUAUUGUCAACUAUCUAAAGAAAUAUCAUGAUGAUGAGCAUUACGAGCCCAAUGUCGAGGAGCUCGAUACGGUCGAUGCCGAGAUACGGCUAUUCACAAUGCUCUCACAUCUCUUCUGGAGCCUCUGGUCCGUGGUUAAUGUUACCUCCGCCAUUGAGUUUGGUUAUUGGGAAUAUGGCAUUUCGCGCAUACUGGAGUAUCAAAAGCUAAAGUCGGCCUAUUUGGCAAAAUGAAUUUCGGCACUUGAGGAUCAAAUUUGAUGGUGAAAGAGUCAAUAUCAUCAAACCGCACUUAAUCGAAUCGUAAAGCGUGCUUAAGUGGCCUUAAACUUACAAAACAACAAGAACAAGAAAAACUAACAUUUUCACCCCCAAAAAAAUCGAAGUUAGGAAACUUAUUUUCCAGCUUAGUUAUUGCAGUUGAUCAACUAGUUGACAACACACUACUUCAUGGACUAUAUGUGCUAUAUAAUUAGGAUUGAGCAGACCCAUUUACAUAUAUACAUACCUAUGAUAUGCUGUGCGUAGCUAGUGCUAUGCAUGCUUAUACAUAUAUUAUUAUGAUAUAUUGCUGAGAAGAAAAGUCAAAAGAAAAUUUGCAGCUGUGAUUAUUGCGUGAGUUAAGCAGAAGACAACAAUUUUAGCUAGUUACGAUUGUUGUUGCUUUAGAUAUGGGUGGCAUUAUAUACUGCCCCAUCUACUAAAGUUUCAUUCAAGUAUUAAGACAGCACUAACUAUCUAACGCUACGACUAACUAGCGCACUAUCUUACACGGCUCUAAAAUUCCUUGCAUUUUCAUACACACACACCCACACACAUGCCACAGACCAUACGUUAAUUUGUUCGAAUUUAUUUGUCGUACGAAUUUGUUAUCCCUAUUUGCACAAAAUGCACUCUUGGUUUUAUAUAGUAUUAUUUUUUAAACAUAUAAUACCCAUCGGGAUAGAAGCUUUUCCAUUGCCAAGUUAUUAAAUUUGAUUGUAUUCUUUAAACUUGAUUCCCAAUUUCGGAUAACAGAAAGCAGCAGCAACAAUCAACAACAAAUUGUGUUUUUUAUGUACCUAUCUAUAUUCCUUAAAUGAAUUUAGUUAUAGUAUAUAUAUGUAAUUAGUAUUUAGUACUUUUGCGUCUAUUUUUUAAUGCAAUCAAUAAAUCAAAAAUUUAG